AUGGGGUCUACCACUUCCAAAGUUAAUUUCAAGUAUCUACCCCAUCAGAAAACUCAGUCACUCGCUAAACAAGAGAUCAUGGUUUCGAAAUCGUCAAUUGUCACCACUAUCUCACUCGCUGCUGCUGCUGCUGCUGCUGCUCCUUUAGCUAAUCCAAUUUACAGCAACUUUUCUGUCAUCGCUACUCAAGUCAUUGUCACUGACUACACCACUUAUUGUCCUGAAGCGACUACACUUACCAUCACCACAUGUUCAGACAACCACUGUCUUCCAACAAGAAUCACCGUCACUGAACCAUCCACAGUGACAAUCACUGAAGAAGUGUUGUGCUCAGCCACAUCCACCAUCAAGCCCCCAGCAUCGGGAUCUUCCACCACCCAAGCUACUGGUCCCAUCAUCACUGGCGAGAAUACAAAUACCCAUAAAGGUACUGAGUCGACCAUUUAUGUCCCAACAACUGAAGUCGUUACUAUUACAAGUUGCAGCAACCAAGUAUGCCAUCCCACCGAAGUCAAAGUGACAACUUCGGCUACCUUGACUACUACACCAGCCAUCACACAAGCUACUACACCAACCACCACAAACACUCCUGGUGUCACUGUGAUCCCAGACAUAACUGUCUUCCCAGACAUUACACCAACAGGUCCACAAACCCAUACCGACGAAGGACCAGUCUUCUUAUCACUAGGCGGAAACAACACCGCGGUUACAGUUGCUGCCGCAUCCACUACACCAGCAAAUAAUGCCCCAGCGCCAUUUGCAUUGAGUGAGUCUCAUUCUUCAUCUAGCUUGGGCGAAUCUCCAAGCAUUGCUCCUCUUGCUGGAGGUGCAGCUAUUUCUGAUAGAGCCAACUCAUUCUUCAUUGGGGUAGUUGUAGUUGGGCUUGCUUUGUUUUAG